AAAUGGAAAUGCGUCGUAUUGCAAUGGAUGCAAUCGAACAGAAGGAAAAGAAUCUUGAACAGAGAAUAAUUGACGCAUCGAAUGAAAUUGGAGUUAAAACUGAUGAAAGUAAAACACAGAUAAAGGAGAUAGGUUCAACUAUUAAAGACGAACUCGCACAGAAAAGAGUAGAUAUGAAAGAUGAUUUGAGAAAGACAGAAAUCGACUUAAGAGGAAAACUAGAGAAGAGAGAGAAAGAAAUCAAGGAAGUGAUUAGGAUGAAGGAAAUUGAAUCUACAGAGAAUAUGGAUAAAAAAGAGAUGGAAAUCAAAGAUAAUUUGAGAAUGGUAGAAUUGGAAUCAAAAGGGAAACUAAAUCAAAAAGAGAAAGAAAUUGAAAAGCAUUUAGAGCGUAAAGGAGAAGAUAUACUUAAUCAGCUGGAAAGAAAACAGUCAGCUCAGAUUCAGAUCGAGGCCAUGCGUAAUGAUGAUAUUAGUAAGGCAACAGCAGACGAUUUAAUGAAGUCAAAUCUUCGUGACACGGCUCUGCAGUCUAAUUAUGAAAGAAAGAGAGCAGGUAAUUAUUACGUUACUCAGAAUUUAAAUAACAUUUUAUGUUGUUUUAUCAUUUGUAUUAUUGAAGUGUGAAA